AUGACAAUUGAAUAUUUGACAAUUUGUUUUGUGAUUUUCGUUAAGUGUCGCCGAAUUAUUUAAACAAAUUAAUAAAUCAUUCAAUUGUGUUAAUAUCAACUCUAGAAUAAAUUUACCAAUUCCUUCCUAAUCCAAUAUGAUGGACUGUGUAGAAGAAAGCAACCACGAUCCUCUGUCAGUGCCUGCUGUGUCGACGCCCUCAAGCGGUGACAUCAAACCAGAGAAGAAGAAACCGAAUGAGAAUGUCUCAUUAGCUGAUAAUAGUUUACUGGUUGACAUUUCCGACGCUCUGAGCGAAAAGGAAAAGGUCAAGUUCACGGUUCACACGAAGACGACGCUGCCAGAGUUCCAGAAGGCGGAGUUCUUCGUUGUGAGACAGCACGAGGAGUUUGUCUGGCUCCACGAUAGAUACGAAGAGAAUGAGGAGUAUGCUGGUUAUAUUAUACCGCCGGCGCCGCCGAGACCAGAUUUCGACGCGUCUCGUGAAAAGUUACAGCGUCUCGGUGAGGGCGAGGGUGCUCUGACCCGUGAGGAGUUCCUCAAGAUGAAGGAGGAGCUUGAGGAGGAGUAUCUCGCGACGUUCAAGAAGACGGUGGCGAUGCACGAAGUGUUCCUGCAGCGUUUAGCGGCUCACCCUGUGUUCAGGAGUGACGCACACUUGAGGGUUUUCCUCGAGUACGAGCAGGACCUGUGCGCGAAACCGCGAGGGAAAAUGGACCUUAUCGGUGGCCUCGUGCGGUCGAUGACGACGACGACGGAUGAGAUUUAUCUCGGUGCGACGGUCAGGGACGUGAACGACUUCUUCGAGCAGGAAACGGCGUUCCUGCAGGAAUACUACUCGCACUUGAAGGAGGCCGUCGCUAAAGUCGACAGGAUGACCUCCAAACAUAAGGACGUAGCGGACGCUCACAUCAAGCUGUCAUCCUGCAUAACUCAAUUGGCGACGAGGGAGCAGCCCUCCACGGAGAGAUUCCUCACGCGAGCGGCCGAGACUUUUGACAAGUGCAGGAAAAUCGAGGGUCGAAUGGCUUCGGACCAGGACCUGAAGCUGGCGGACACGCUGCGCUACUACAUGCGGGACGCGCACGCCGCCAAGGCCGUGCUCGUGCGCCGCCUGCGAUGUCUAGCCGCCUAUGAAGCAGCAAAUAGGAAUCUAGAAAGAGCAAGAGCCAAGAACAAAGACGUGCACGCCCCGAUGGAGGUCCAGGAGGCGGAGCAGGCGCAGUCGGACGCGUGCGCGCGCUUCGAGCAGCUGUCGGCGCGCGCGCGCGAGGAGCUGCUCGACUUCCGCGUGCGCCGCGUCGCCGCUUUCCGCAAGAGUUUGAUAGAUUUGGCGGAACUCGAGAUCAAACACGCGCGCGCGCAGCAGGAGCUGUUCAGGAAAUCUUUGCAGGUGUUAAGGGAGUGUCAGUAACGUGUUGACAGACGACGUGCUCGAUGAAAUUAUUUUGUUUAUCUAUUCGAUUUAUUGAUAUAAUCUUAUUUAGUUUAAGUAAAAUAUGGAGUAGGCUCUUGGGAGUGACUUGAUAUUAUUGAAUUCAAAAUGUAAUAUAUUCAAUUGGGCUCAUAAAAUCACUUUUGAAUCGUUAUUGUUUGUGUUGAAUUAAAUGUAAAGUAGAUUCUGCCGAGAAGAAUCUCAGUAGUUACUCAUUUCCAACAUUCCAAUUACAGAUUAUAUCCUGCUUGGAAACUAAGUCCACGUUUUUUAUCAUUAACAUAAUCUUGUAUUGGGUAAUAUGUCUUAUUUAUCAAUGUUUUUGUGAAAUGAGACCAAGUAAUAAUAACUUCGUUUGUCGGAUGUCGAGUAUCUAUAUUUCCAAAGAGAAGUUCGGCAACGGUACUCUAUCACCAAUCCGUUUCCGAGAGCCUACUCAGAUUGUUAGGUUCAUCAUAUUAUCCAAAUGCCUUUUAAUGUGAAAAUGUCAUCAAAUCGAAUAAUAAAACGGCAUACGAUAUUGUGUGUUGAUUAUUGUAUAAGCACUCGAUAUCUCGACUGUGUUUUAGUACAAUAUGAUAUUCGUACUGUAUACUGUGGUGUAAAAUAAGUGAUUAUCUCUCAUUAGAGGAGUUUUUUGCAGUUAUUCGGCAAAAAUAUUGUAGAAAAUCAACGUCAAGGUCAUUAUUGAAAUUGUCAGAAAAUGUUCAAAAUAUACUUUAUUCAAGUAGGCAAUUACAGAACUGUUAAAGGUAAAGCUAUCACCGGCAUGGAACUCAUUUGUAACUCUUUUGCAAGUCGGUUAAUGAGGUUUUAUCAACGACUCACGUAAAUAGUGACAGUGGUCAGUCGUAUCGUCAUCACAAUUAGUUUACUUUUGAAAGCGAAUAAAAAAGUUUAAAGUUGUUAUCACUGCGUAUUGUAUCGUAUUUGAUGUCAUUAUCACGUUACAAAGAAGAAAUUUAUAAAGUUACAUUUGUAAGAUAUGUUUGAAGAAGAAUUAGUUUUUAUUUUUAGAAAUUCUAAGUAUUUUUUCCUAUGUUUAAUGCCAGUGAAUGGCAUCAGAAAAGUGCCGCUUUGGCAAAUUCCAAUUGUGUAUUUUAAACGUAUGUACUGAUUAGUAUGUAAUGUAUUUGAAAUUGUUUUAUGUAUUUUUUAUGGUUUAAUAUAGAAAUCUUUAUUCAUUAUAUUCGUACUCUUGACAUUAUUGAAACAGUUAUUCCAACAAUGUCGGUUACGAGCUGCCCGUCUCGAAUUCAUAUAACGAUACGCCUCCCAUUUCCCCUCUAUGUUCCCUAAACCCCUUCUCAGAGUAUGCUCGCUUUAUCAAAAUAAACCUAUGCUAUGUGACAAACGAUUUUAUGAUAUACAGGAUGAAUCGUAAUACCACGAUGACGUAUGUGCUCGUGAUUGGUCGAAACUGAUUUGAUUAUGGGUGUUACGUCACGACCCCUAACCGGGAAUUUAUUUGGAGGCAGUAUCAUUGAAUUUUGUUUAUUAUUUUUUUAGAUAGUUCAAAAUCGUUGUGGAUUAGGUGAAUGGGCCACUUUUUGGUAAAUGAUUACCAACGCCCAUAGACAUUGGCGCCGUAAGAAAUUUUAACCAUUUUUUACAUCCCCAAUGCGCCACCAACAUUAGGAGCCAAGUAGUUAUGUCAUCUGUAAAGAGUCUUAAAUAAAGUUUUCAAGUAAUUCGAUUUGACAAAACAUAAUGUUUCAUAUCCUGUGGCGCAAACGCUUCUAAAAACUUAGAAAAAUAUAUGUGUAUAAAGAUUUGUAUAAUUAAAACAAUUAAGAAUCAAUUUUAGUAUAAAUUCAAGUGUUUUAUUUUUAAAUUCAAUUAAAUUAUUUAAUUCACUUGAUUGUAAUUUUUGGAAUUGAAAGUUUGAUUGAUUAUUAUAUUUGACGUGAAAAAGUUAAUAAAAAAAUUAAUCAAUUUUAAAUUAAUUAAAUUUAAAAACUGUAUAGAUGUAUUAUUAAUACAGACCGUCAUUUUGUUCCAUCGGCGUCACGAUAGGGUACUAGAUGAAAUGGCAUAAGUUGAAAUUUGUUGAUUUUUGGAUAUGCUCGCUUUCAUAUAUAAUACUUAAACGAAAUUUCCAGCGAUAUUGAAGAUUUAUUUUAAACAUAUAGGACGUACAGACACGCUUGUAAAACAGUUUAACUGUAGUAUAAUUAACAUGAGUUAUACGUGUAGUCUAUGUGAGGCUCAAGUUAUUUGUUUAGUUUUUGUCUGUACUUCAUCACGUGGUUAACAUAGGAAAUGUGAGGUAACCGGUAUGUGUCGGAUAUUCUUUCGUAUAUUCAAAGAAUUGCAGCAGUGUUGUCUGAAAUGGUAUACUCGAUAGAUGAGGAGACAACCUUACAUAAAACAUAAAGGUCAAUGACCUGAAUAAAAUCCAGUCCUAUCUAUAGAAUGGGGAAAAUCGGCUUGGAGAUUUUUUAUAUUUUAUGAGUUGUGACAUUUUGUUUUAUACCCUAUCAUGGCGUCAAUACCAUAACGUCUAUUUUUUAAUAUAGACUUGAACGGCCUUGCUUAUAAACACUGUACGGUUAUUAUUUUUCUGUUUUCUGUCUCGUUCUUUCAUCACUGAAUUGUCAUUGGAAAAAAGAAGACAGCAUUGUUUAUUUAGUCACGUCCUAAGCAGUGUUUGUAUGUAAAGCCGAUAGUUUUUAAGAUAUUUAUGGCGAAAUGUAUAUUAUUACCCAACUGCGUAUUGAACGGGUAAGUCUAUAAGAUGUUUAAAGUAACUGUUAUAAUCACUUGUUUUGGCUCUGCAGGAGGAUGACGAACGUUAUGAUGGUUUUGUAAAUGAUAAAUAUAUGUAUUAAAGAAUUUUUAUUAUUUUGAA